GAGGGUGGAGUAGAGGGAGGGAAGAAGAAGAGGGGAGGGUGAUGCCUUUCCUGGCCGGCCGGCCUAUCACCGCGCUCACUUCUGGAGGCCUGUAGGUGAUUUGCAUGCUGAGGGGGAGAGGAGACACUCAACUGGAGUCAGUUCAAGUCAUCUGUGCCGCGAGGGGCCACUCAUCCUGUGACAUUUGGUGGCGCUAAUUGCCUCUCCGGUGAAGUAGCCUACCUGCGAUGGUGCGAAUCGCGGCGCGGAGAUAACCUGCCGCGCUUGUGAACUCCCGCCGCCGCCGUCCCUUCUGCUCUCAGCCAGCAUUCACCAUGGCACCGGACAGAGACGUCCGCGGGACGCGAUGACAACUGACAAGGAGAAGAGGAGAGCGAUCAGCCGUGAGGCGGCCAGGAGGAGGCGGCGGGUGGAGUCCGACGUGUUCGGGGACCUGUCUCACCUCCUUCCGCUGCAGCCCUCGGUCCGGACUCACCUGGACAAGCCCUCCAUCAUCCGCCUCACCCUCAGCUACAUCCGCAUGCACACGCUGCUCAAAGGAAAUGUUCAGGCAAACGCAGACUGUAGACCCUCAAUGAGAUACCACCAACUGAUGGAUCGGAGGGAUCGUGAUGGAGCGCAGGAGGAGGAGGAGGAGAAGAAGAAAGACACGGUGGAGCUGGAGAUAAACAUGUACCUGAGGACUCUGGAGGGGUUUCUGAUGGUUUUGUCCACUGAAGGAGACAUGAUCUUCUUAUCUGACAACGUCAGCACGUACAUGGGUUUAACACAGACUGAGUUGAUGGGGCACAACAUUUUUGAGUACACUCAUCCCUGCGAUCACGAAGAAAUCAGGCACAAUCUUCGCCUAACCGCAGAGGAAGUCUGGUGCAGUGAGAAAAGGGACUUUGUCAUGAGGAUAAAAAGCACCCUGGCUCACAGAGGAAGAAGCGCCAACCUCAAAUCGGCGACGUGGAAGGUUCUGCACUGUCAGGGCAGAUCGAAGGUGUGCGUGGCCCCGUCUUCGGUUUCCUGCCUUCUCCUGACCUGCCGACCUCUGCCGCUCUCGCACACCCUCCUCAGCACCCACACCUUCACCAGCCAGCACAGCAUGGACAUGCGGUUCACCUACUGUGACCAACGGGUGACUUCUCUUUUGGGCUACAGCCCCGAGGAGCUGCUGGGCCGUUCCAUUUACGAUCUCUGUCACACUCUGGACACGAACUGCUUGAACAAAAACCACCUGAACUUGUGUCUGAAGAGCCAGUCGGUCAGCGGCCAGUACAGGAUACUGGUGAGAGGCGGAGGUUACGUCUGGGUGGAGAGCCACAGUGCCGUCAUCUCCAGCGUCCGAUCCUCCAAGUCCAGGCCCUCGGCUCACCAGCCGCUCUGCAUCCUCUGUGUUACAUAUGUCCUCAGUGGCGUGGAGGAGCCGACCCUGCAGCUCUCUUUGGACCAGACGAUGCCGAGAUAUUAGCGAUGAGAGCGGCAUCUGAAGAGCUUCCCGCAAAACCCAUCAUCUCCUAAAAGGCACGGCCACCUGCUCCCCCCCCCCCCCGUGACUUCUCAGCUGUUAUUUUGUUGUGCUAGUUAUCAAUUAACUUGUAUUAAAAGUAUCAGACCCUUAAAAACCUGUUGU